UUCGCGGCUGACUGGUUGGUAAAAACGAGUAAACGAAGGGCAGUUACUAACGACUUGCAGCUAUCGUUAUCACUUCUAAGCAUCUGUGUUGAUUUCGCAAUCGUUUAUUUUCGAAAAAAAAAAAUGAAGGCGAUCAGUCCAGUGCGAUCCGUCAGAAGCUGCUACGAAGCCGUGUGCUGUAUCUCGGAGCAAAGCCUCACGAUCUCUCGGAAUAAGGGACCCGCCGAGGAACCCAUGGGCGCUCUCUGUGACAUGAACGACUGCUACUCGAAAUUAAAGGAGCUGGUGCCGAGUAUCCCGCAGGACAAAUCAGUCAGUCAAGUAGAAAUACUGCAACAUGUCAUCGAUUACAUAUUUGACCUGCAGAUUGCGCUUGAAGACAAGUCGUCCGAGAUGACCACGCCAGAUGUGGUCCUGUCAUUAAAGGCAUCGGACAUUAACUGUAAUUUCUCAAAAGAAGACGGGGGACUGUGCCACUAGCGGAGGAGCAUGACUUCAGUAUAAACGGUGCGGGAAACGCAUGGCUCCACUUCACUUCGGGCAAGACCGAGAGGAGGAGGAGGAGGAGGAGGGGUGGGCUCUCUUUUUGAAAAAGGGAGGUGGGGUUCUUGGUACAAGAUUAACCUCGGCCUGUUGUCACAGCCCCUCUCUGGUCACCAGACGCCUCAGCACACCAAAAACGCAGAAGAAUUUCAAGGACCGAUGAAGCUAUUUUCUUUUACCAUUUUACCCCUCUGUGUAUACAUCCAGCCUGUUUUUUUUUUUUACCUUUUUUGUCAUGUUACUGGACUUGGACUUGUGGUGCAGUAUUUUGUAUCACACCCCAGCUCCCUCCCUUCCUUCCCUCUCAAAAGACUUUCCAGGCUGUACCCUCAGACUUUCAUUUUUUCUUUUAGCCCUGGUCCUUUGUAUUUUUUGAAAUGUUUAGGAUUUCCGUGCACCCAGGUCUAAGUGAUUGUGUACAUAUCUUCGGUGUGGGACAUGGGGUUGGCUUGGGAGGGGGUGGUGGGGAUGGGUCUCAUGGAUGAUAAUUUGAACUCAAAUAAUAGAGUUCAUUGUGAAUGUUUGUGGGGAUUGUGGAUUCCUGCGGACGAUGUAGAAUUGCCAAGUUUUAUAAACUUUUUAUAAAAGUAUGCUUUACAUGUACCUUUUUACAUAAUAAAAAAAUGAAGAAAUUAAA